CAGCGCGUCCACGGUCCACCCCUCUCCCCGUUCCCCUCUCACACUCACCUCUCUCUCUCUCUCUCGCUCUCACUCUCUCUCUCCUCUGCCACCGCUCCCCCAGCUCACCCCAAAAUCUAGGGUUUGUUCCGCCUCUCUGUAUCUCUGCAUCGCUCUCCUCCUCCCGAUUAUUAGGGUUUUGAUUCGGCAUUUGCUCGAAUUGCUCUGGAAAUCGAUCGAAAGGUGUCUGUGCUGACUCUGCUUGUGGAGGUUAUGUACGUAAUGGUGCUUGUGGCUAUGCGCUAUUCAAAUGGUGUGUAGAUCUAUCACAGAGAACUAUGUGCAUCAUGCAGCACAUCAAGGUUUCAGGGGAUGGGUCAGUGUAAUCUUAUGAUGCAUGGCAAGCUUAUCGAUGGGCUCAUUUUCAAUAAAAUGGCAGAGACUUCUGCUUCUGCUGACUGUGCUAAUGCUUGUCAAACUUGAGACAACUGCUUUAAAUUCAGAAGGUAAUGCACUUCUUAGUUUUAAAACAUCUAUUGUCGGUUCGGACGGUGUCUUUUUAAAUUGGCAACAAGAAGAUUCUGAUCCUUGUGGCUGGAAAGGUGUGAAAUGUGACAGCCACGCAAAGAGUGUAAUUUAUCUGAGUCUAGCAAAUCACAAGUUGGUUGGGUCGAUACCACCGGAUAUUGGACAGCUAAAUCACUUACAAUUAUUAGCACUUCAGGCAAACAGUUUAUAUGGAACCAUCCCUCGGGAGCUUGGGAAUUGCACCGAGUUGCAAUAUCUAUAUUUACAGGGGAAUUACUUGAGUGGAUUUAUACCCCCGGAAUUUGGUAACCUUGUGGGACUCGAGACAUUCUUGCUUUCUAUUUGUCAUUUCUUCUAUUUUGUUAGGGAUUUGUCGAGCAAUACAUUGAGUGGAUUUAUUCCUCCAUCUCUUGACAAGCUGACCAAAUUAAUGUCAUUUAAUGUAUCAAUGAACUUUUUAACAGGAGCAAUACCAUCUGAUGGUGCACUCUCUAAUUUUAAUGGGACUUCCUUCAUUGGGAAUCGUGGCUUAUGUGGGAAGCAAAUCGAAGUUGAGUGCAAGGAUGAUAAUCAGUCACCAUCAAGAGAUCCUCAGCAACCUUCCUCUGGAAACUUAGUUUAUAGAAAGCCUGGAAAAAAUUCUACUAGGCUUGUUAUCAGUGCUGUGGCAACAGUAGGAGCUCUGUUGUUGGUGGCAUUGAUGUGCUUCUGGGGCUGCUUUCUUUACAAAAAGUUUGGCAAAAGUGAUGUUCGUUGUCUCGGCAUGGAUGUUAGUGGAGGUGCAUCGAUAGUAAUGUUUCACGGGGACUUGCCCUACUCAUCAAAAGAUAUACUCAAGAAGUUAGAAACGUUAGAUGAUGAAAAUAUUAUCGGUUCAGGGGGUUUUGGAACUGUUUACAAGCUUGCAAUGGAUGAUGGCAAUGUGUUUGCAUUGAAAAGAAUAAUGAAGACAAAUGAAGGCCUGGACCGGUUCUUUGAUAGGGAACUUGAAAUUUUGGGAAGCAUUAAACAUCGGUAUUUGGUCAAUCUCCGUGGGUAUUGCAAUUCCCCUUCGUCUAAGUUAUUGAUCUAUGAUUAUUUACCUGGCGGAAGCUUAGAUGAAGUGUUACAUGAAAGAUCUGAGCUCCUAGACUGGGAAGCACGCCUCAAUAUAAUCCUGGGAGCUGCAAAAGGCCUUGCGUAUUUGCAUCAUGAUUGUUCGCCUCGAAUAAUACAUCGAGACAUUAAAUCAAGUAACAUAUUGCUUGAUGGGAAUUUUGAGGCUCGUGUUUCUGACUUUGGGCUCGCAAAAUUGUUGGAAGAUGAAGAAUCUCAUAUUACUACAAUAGUUGCUGGAACAUUCGGUUAUCUUGCUCCAGAGUACAUGCAAAGCGGCAGAGCAACUGAGAAAACUGAUGUCUACAGUUUUGGAGUUCUGGUGCUUGAGGUGUUGAGUGGAAAGCGGCCUACAGAUGCUUCGUUCAUUGAGAAAGGGCUGAAUAUCGUUGGAUGGUUGAAUUUCUUGGUUGCGGAGAACCGCCGAAGAGAGAUAAUUGACCCUAACUGCGAAGGUGUUCAGAUUGAUAGCCUCGAUGCUUUGCUCUCGGUUGCAAUUCAGUGCGUGAGCUCCGCCCCUGAAGACCGCCCCACAAUGCACCGCGUGGUCCAAAUGCUGGAGUCCAACGUUAUCACGCCAUGCCCGAGCGACUUCUACGACUCGGACUGAGCAAUUGCAUUGGGCGAUUCAUAUGGGGAUGAAAUGGAGAGAGUUAUAUCCUCUGGCGGGUGGGUGGUUAUCGGAGCCUCUGAUGAAUAAUGCAUGCGCUUUUCAUUCGUUUAUUCUUUACCUGCGGCUUCUGUAAAUGCUUCUCCCCAUGUUCAGCUUCCUUCAUUCAAAACUUUUUCUUUCGAGGGUACAUCGUCAUAUCGACAUCAUCUUGUUUUAUUAUGUAGAACUUGAGCUAGUCUUGGUGGUGGUGUUGUUUAAUUAAUGAACUAUUUCUGUAUGACUUGUACGUACGUUGUUAGCGGGAGUAAGUAAACUACUGGUAUAAUCGAA